UGAGCAUAAAACUUGAACGUCGACACCUCCUAUAAUCCGCCAUGGAUCUUUACCCUUACAUCUUAUCGUUUGUACUUUUGUUGCUGUUUUUAUAUAUUUUAUCGAGAAAAAAGCCAAAGAAUUCCCAGAAAGAUUGCAUCCCGGAACCAUCCGGUUCAUUGCCACUCAUCGGUCACCUCCAUCUUCUAACUGGGAAAGAAACACUCUGCAAGAGGCUAGCAACAAUGGCGGACAAACACGGCCCACUCUACUCACUCAAACUCGGAACCCACCGAGUGUUGGUGGUGAGCAGUUGGGAAAUCGCCAAGGAUUGCUUCACCACCAAUGACCGAACGCUUGCCACUCGAGCUAGCAUCGCCGCCGGUCGGCACAUGGGCUACAACAACGCAGUCUUUGCACUCGCCCCGUACGGAGAAUAUUGGCGUGACAUCCGGAAGAUGGUCACUGUCGAGCUUCUUUCGAGCCAUCGUUUAGACAAGUUGAAGCACAUACGUUUCUCCGAGAUGGAUUUAUUCAUCAAAGAUAUGUACGGACUUUGUUCACCAAAAGGUGCCGAGAACAUCGCCAAAGUGACGAUCAGCGAAGCGCUGGAACGCUUGACGUUCAAUGUAAACCUCAUGAUGCUCGUCGGAAAGCGAUUUUCGGGCCACGACUACGCGGAAGUAAACAGCGAGCCGUGGCGGUACCAGAAGGCCAUAAAGCAAACGUUGUACCUCAGCGGGAUCUUCGUCCUGGCGGAUGCUCUGCCGUUCCUCGAAUGCCUCGAUAUUCAAUGCCAUAUCCGUUCCAUGAAGAAAACAGCAAAGGAACUCGACUCGGUAAUCAAUGUUUGGCUCGAAGAACAUCUAAAUAGGAAAAGGGAAAAUCAGGGUACCUCUGAAAGUGAUUUCAUGGACGUUAUGUUAUCUUAUCUGCCGGAGGAUACAGUAAUUUCAGGGCAUACACGGGACACCAUUGUAAAAGCAACAACAUUGAUUCUUACAUUGACAGGAGGGGAAAGCACAUCAGUCACAAUCACAUGGGUACUUUCAUUACUGCUUAACCACCCAAAUGUUCUAAAGGCCGCUCAAGAAGAGCUGGAUCACCACGUAGGACAAGAAAGGUGGGUUGAAGAAUCCGACAUUAAGAAUCUCAAGUACCUACAAGCCGUUGUCAAGGAAACCCUACGCUUAUAUCCUCCAGGUCCCAUUACGGGAAUCCGUGAGGCCACGCAAGAUUGCCGCAUUGCUGGCUACGAUGUCCCGAAAGGGACUCGUUUGAUUGUCAACCUUUGGAAACUGCAUCGAGACCCGCGAGUUUGGGAAAACGUCGACGAGUUCCGACCGGAAAGAUUUAUGACGACGCAUGCUGAUUUUGAUGUCAGGGGUCAAAAUUUCGAGUUCAUGCCAUUUAGUUCCGGUAGAAGAUCGUGCCCCGGAAUCACGUUUGGGCUACAAGUUGUUCACUUGACGGUGGCAAAAUUGAUUCAAGGAUUUCAUAUUAGGACGGCGGAUGGGAUGGCAGUGGAUAUGAAAGAAGGUUUGGGGCUAGCCUUACCCAAGCUGAAUCCUCUUGAUGUUGUCCUCAACCCACGCCUUCGUCCGGAGCUUUACAAUUGCCUUUAGGUGGUAAUGUUUGAGAACUUCAUUUUAAAAUUUAGGUUUAGAAUAUAAAGUUGUAUAAAUUGAAUAAUGUCCAAUUUAGUGUGUUUACCAAUAAGAACCUAUAUAAUCCAAGCUUAUGCUGUACUUGUAAAAGGUGCAAUAUCUUUAUCAGUAGAAUCUUUGCUUUGGUGGCAGUAAA